UUUACUAUUAUUUCACGGUUUGCGGCAAGAGGGAGGACACAAGGCAUCGACAGACCAUCGCAUUGAAAGGAUGGAAACGACUUAAGAAAAAAGGAAGGCCAUUCUCUCGGGGUUUCACCGCUUUCUCAGCUUCUUGUCGUGCCCCUUAGCCACUAUAUCUCAAGAUCGCCAACAAUCAGCUUACAGCAUUAAGCCCUGUCUCUUUUGCGGUACAUUAUCCCGAUACUCAAAUCCCCACCAUCUCUCCAGUCAGCCACAACAAUUACAACCCAUAACUGCGCUAUUACUCUCAACAAAAACUAUUGCUCCACUUCAUAUCAGCCAUGGCGUACGCCAUUUCUCGUCUCACGGCGGAGUCUGAUUUUUCACAAUGCUUUGACUCGCAUAUGCUACAACAACAAAGCCCUGACCAAGAACAAACCCAUGUAGUUGCACCUGGUGCAACAAUUUACGACGACGUUACGCGUUUACCGAUAUAUGACGGAGAACCAUGGCGAGAAGCUUUCAAUGCAACAAAGACCACACACAAAAAUGGAACAAAUACUGCGGUGUCUCAGCUGGCAGGUAUCGAUACAUCACUUCUCCUCUCAUCUCCUAACUCAAAUGCCUCAAGUCCGACUAACAUAUUCGUCCCGGAGCUCUUGGAUGUUCACAAGGCCCUUGACUCGGAGCCGCUAAACCAAAACCAAUUUCGUCAACUCGAUAGCAUCACCGAGCAAUACAUCAUUCCUGGAUCAUUAGAUUUCACCUCGCCUGCAAUCAAAUUAGAGUUUGAUAGCCAAGCAAGACAACAGUAUGAGGCAAACAGUCAAUUUGAUCAUGCCAGUUUGUUUCGGAAGUUGGGAAAACCGUUGUCAACUCCUCAAGUCCAAUUCAAUGUGUUUUCACAGUUCUUCGUGUCACCCGCCGACAACGAGUCUUUUCUGUCCGUCAAUCCCGACGAUGUGACUUUGAAACGCAAAGUGUUUGAAAGUGAAUUGACCAACGGUCGUGAAAUCAAGAGGAGGGAUGUCACUUCCUCAUUUGGCGACUUUACCCACGGUGUGCAACCUCCCUUGUUAUCCCAGCAGCUCGUUUCACCUGUAACCGAUAGCGGCAAUGUUGUCUUCAACAGCGAAUUGCAUCCUAAAGAGGGUUCUGAUGCUACCCAUAACAGUAAAGUUUCUACUACCCGUCCUAAAUCUGUUGUUCCCGAGAAAUUCCUGAACGACGGUUCAGCCGAAUUGGCCUUAGGAAUGAGUGUUACUAAAAUCCAAUCCUUUCCUACUUUUGAGGAGCUUCUCAAACACGUACAACCCUGCCAUUAUUCUCAUGCAAAGAGUUUCGGAGAGAAGAUUGCGAGAAACAGGAUCAAAGCAAAAAACGCAGCGAAGCGAUCGAGAGACCAAAGGAGGGCUAAGAUUGAAAGGGUGGAGGAUCUUGAGAAGAGGAUAGAGGAGUUAAAAAUGCAAGUUAAAGGGAUGAAAUUGUUGCUGGGCCGUUUGGUGGAUAGUGGAGCCAUCAAUGAAGACGUUGUUCAAGCGUAUCUUUGAGGUGGUCUGGGCUUGGGAGGAUGACUAUUUUUUCCUCUAAUGGCUACAUCCUUCUGUUUCCCAGGCGUAUGUCUCCUUCAUUGCGUAUUUUGUUUCUUACAUGGGCCAUGAGUGAUUCAAUUACAUGCAUAUACGAU